UUCCCAGAAAAUUUAAAACAUCAGCGCACCCACACUGGAGAAAAACUUACACGGUCAAAUGAUCGCACUUAAUUAGAUUUGCAGAGUUGAAGCCUAAACUGACAUUAUGAAAUGUUGCUCAAAAUUUUCAGUUCAUCAGGGCGACUAAAAGCUUUGCUCUGAACUGAUCCGUUUAAGCUAUUUUAGCAUUUACCAUCUUUACCAUAGACUGCUUCAUGCUUAGAUGAGUUUGUUGUGGAAAAAUGUUUUCGAAUGUGGGGCUGUUUUUAUUUUGGAUUGGAUUCAGUUACCAUGGAAACCAUCAGUUCACCUGUCAGACCUGCGACUCGGCGCUCCGUGAAGACGCCCAUCACCUGCAGGAGUCUGUGAAUCUCACUCAGCAGAGAAACGCUAACUGUGGCCAUCAAUUGAUCUACUGUAAAUUUUAACUGGUCCUCUUCUGAAGUGGAAGCACUUCCUCUGCAAAGAGUUGACCCACAGAUAGAGAAAUAUCUGGAGAAAGAAGAAGAGGAGAAAAACACAACCAUCAAUAUGAGCUCAACAGACGAGAAACAGGAUGCCAAAAUUCCAGCCGAGCCUUAUGAUGAGGGUGACGAGAGUUUUAUUGGAGGACAAAUGGAUCCACAUCAGCGUGCCGACACUGUAGAGAAUCCACACAUCUGUGACCAGUGCGGCAAGAGCUUCUGUUUCCCAGCAUAUUUAAAGAAACAUCAGCGUAUCCACACUGGAGAAAAGCCUCAUACCUGCAGCCAGUGUGGGACGAUGUUUAGACACCCUGCAAAUUUAAAGAUCCAUCAGCGUAUCCACACUGGAGAAAAGCCCUACUUCUGUGACCAGUGUGGGAAGCUGUUCAGACAGUCUGGACAUUUAAAGAUCCAUCAGCGUAUCCACACUGGAGAGAAGCCCUAUACCUGCAGCCAGUGUGGGAAGAUGUUUAGACGCCUUGCAAAUUUAAAGAUCCAUCAGCGUAUCCACACUGGAGAGAAGCCCUAUACCUGCAGCCAGUGUGGGAUGAUGUUUAGAUGCUCUGCAAAUUUAUACACUCAUCAGCGUAUCCACACUGGAGAAAAGCCCUACUUCUGUGACCAGUGUGGGAAGCUGUUCAGACAGUCUGGACAUUUAAAGAAUCAUCAGCGGACUCACACUGGAGUAAAACCUUACCCCUGCGACCAGUGUGGGAAGAGCUUCUCUGAACGUCACACCCUACAGAAACAUCAGCAGACUCACUCUUCAGAGCGUCUACCUGAACUGUCUUGAUCUCUUGGCUGUUAAAAGAUGACAUGUGAUUUGUAAAAGCUGUCAUGAAAAUAUUUCAAUAACAUUGAAACGCAUGCAA